UCGGUGCCGGCCGCGCUUCCGGCUGCCGACGAUGUCGCCCAGCGUGGCCGAGCUGCUCCUGCAGCGCCUGGAGCGGGAGGCGCCGGGGCCCGGGGGCGGCCUCUGCAGCCUGGAGGCGGCCGCCGCGCUCGGCCUCGACCACCAGACCCUGGUGGGCGCCGUCAAGAGCCUGCAGGCGCUGGGGGAGGUGAUCGAGGCGGAGGCGCGGGCGGCCACGCGAUGGGAGCUGAGCCCCGAGGGCACGGAGGUGCUGCGGGACGGGAGCCCCGAGGUGCGGCUCUUCCACUGCGUCCCUGCAGAGGGGCUGCCGCAGGGCGAUGCCAUGAAGCUGCCCGGGGGCUCCAUUGGCUUCAGUAAGGCCAUGGCCAACAAGUGGCUGCGCUUGGACAAGGGAGCACCGGGGGGACCCCGCGUCUUCCGUGCCGUGCCGGAGGUGCAGGACACGGUGCAGGAGGCCCUGCGGCGCCUGCAGCAAGGGGAGGCCGAGACCGUCCCUGAGCGCGAACGCAACGACCUCAAGAGGAGGAAGCUGCUGCUGGAAGUCACCCUCAAAUCCUAUUGGAUCCGGAAGGGCAACGCUUUCAGCACGGCGGUGGCGCGGCAAGAGACGGAGCUGACACCGGAAAUGAUCGCGACGGGUUCAUGGCGUCAGCUCCACUUCAAACCCUACAACUUCGCAGCAUUGGGGUUGCCACCGCCUGCAGGGCACCUCCAUCCGUUGCUGAAGGUUCGCUCCGAGCUGCGGCAGAUCUUCUUGGAAAUGGGGUUCACGGAGAUGCCGACGCAGAACUUUGUGGAGAGCUCCUUUUGGAACUUCGAUGCCCUAUUCCAGCCGCAGCAGCACCCGGCGCGGGAUCAGCACGACACCUUCUUCCUGCAGGACCCCGCUGAGGCCCCUGAGCUGCCCACUGGUUACACAGCCAAGGUGAAGAAGGUCCAUUCACAAGGAGGUUACGGCUCGCAAGGGUACAAAUACGACUGGAAGCUGGAAGAGGCACGCAGGAACCUGCUGCGCACCCACACCACAGCCGCCAGCGCCCGCAUGCUCUAUAGGCUGGCUCAACAGGAGAGGUUCACCCCAGUGAAAUACUUCUCCAUCGACCGCGUGUUCCGCAACGAGAGCCUGGACGCCACGCACCUCGCCGAGUUCCACCAGGUCGAAGGCGUCGUGGCCGACCGCGGCCUCACCCUGGGCCACCUCAUGGGCAUCCUGCGGCAGUUCUUCACCAAGCUGGGUAUCAGCCAACUGCGGUUCAAGCCGGCGUAUAACCCCUAUACAGAGCCCAGUAUGGAGGUGUUCAGCUACCAUGAGGGGCUCAAGAAAUGGGUCGAGGUGGGGAACUCGGGGAUCUUCCGCCCGGAGCUGCUGCUGCCCAUGGGGCUCCCAGAGAACAUCUCGGUCCUGGCCUGGGGGCUCUCCUUGGAGCGCCCCACCAUGAUCAAAUACGGCAUCAACAACAUCCGGGAGCUGGUGGGGCACCGGGUGAACCUGCAGAUGGUCUACGACGGGCCCCUGUGCCGCAUGGCCGCCUGAGCUCCGGCCCCCCAAUAAAGCUCUUUCACC